AUGAAUUAUUCUACCACACAGUUAGGAUAUUUGGGAAAAACAGCGUUUUUGAAUUCAAAAAAAAACUUUUACUUUUUUACAGAUAGCAACAAAAAGUUGCUACGGAAAAUGGCGAAGGUGAAACCAGAAGAAGUCUCGACGCCUACUCAUUUCGAGUAUUUUUUAUCAUUGCCCUUACAUUUGGUGCAUAUUGAAGAUAUACAAUCGAAUGAAAACAAUUUCGUUGUGCCAAAAUUAUGCGAAGAUCCAGUAAUUAAGAAUAUAUUUAAUGUAAUCGAAAAAAACAUCACUGAUACGAGUAAUAAUUCAAUUGGUACUUCUGAUAGCUCAGAAUUCUGCUUAAAGUUACCAGUCAAAAAUUUUAAAAAUAAUGUUAAAGAUGAAGCAGUACUUUGUGAUUAUCAAGUAGUAACACGUGAUAAUAAAAAUAAUAAUUAUGAAUCGAUGAAUGAAAUGAAACGAAGUAAUUUAUACUUAAAUUUGAAGAAUAAUUUAAAUGAAUCAAAACGCCAAUCAACACCACAAAUUAUGGCACCAAGUUUUGAUAUCAAAAAUGUUGAAGAAGAAAAUAACAUAAUAUUGCCAAGAAGGAAGAACAUUUUACCAUUACAGUCAACGGAUUCAACGGAAGCAACUCCACCUGACACGCCAGUAUUCACUUCUGAAUUCAAGUCGACACGCAAUUUAGACUUAAGCAAACAAGAAGCUGCUUAUGAUGCUAUUGUUGCACAUAACAAGCAAGAUCCUAUCUCAUCACCUUUCCACAAAACUCAAGAAGUAACAGUAGCUGAUCAAAUGAUGACUAGACAAAAUGAUGCGCUAUUGAAAAAUAAAUUCUUUUCAAGCUAUGAUAAUCAAGAUGAUACCAAAGGUCAAACAGAAGAAAUUCAACAAGCCCUGAAACAAUUAGACGAUGUAUUGGAUGAGCAAAUUCCUAUUGAGGUUUUUUCAAUACCAAAUGAUAAUCUCUCAGUUAUAUCAAAAAGGUCAAGCGUAGAAAACAUCGAACGAAUAAAUACUUACAAAGAACCAGAAAACUGUAAAAAAUCAGUGAAAGAACUAGCAGAAAUGUUGGAUUCUAAACCAUUACCAUUACAACGGAAGGACCCAUAUUCAGUGGCAACAACUAGUAUAGAAGCUGAAUCAAAAGUAUCAAUACAGGCGAUGAAACCAUCCUUAAUUGGUAUCAGUAUAUUCAGUCCUGUCAUUGGAAAAUCAAUCACAGAAAUUAUUGCACAGAAACGAGAACAGAAGGAAGAAGUUGGUAAUCAGAAAGCUGCUUUGAAAAGAAACUUUAUGAUUCCUUCAAAAAUUCAGACUCUGAGUAAGAGUGAAAGUCAAGAUAUGUAUUGCAGUAGUAAUGGCAAUCAAACAUCCUCUUCAUCACAACUGAGGAAAAACAAAUUUGACUUUCAGAAAAAUUUUGCUGAAGUGAACAAGAUUCUGAAAGAUCCUGAAAGGGUUAGAACUGAAAUGACAAAUACGAAAAGCAAUACAUCAAGUACAGAAUCAAGCCAAAAAAUUUUUACAUCCGAAGCAGAAAUGGUUAACUUUCAAAAAGUUUCUUGGCUAGCAAACUCUCCUGGCAAGAAACAGAAGCAGAAUCAGGUCCCUCAAAAUUUACACAUCUAUGAAAACUUGAAUCAUCCUGAUAGAUGUUCUCAAAUUUCUAAACAUAUGUCAAUCGAGGAAGCAAAUCGACGGAAUGGAAAUGUAAAUGCAACGAUGGAAAAGAUCAUACAAAAACAGCAAUUUGAAUCUGAUUACGAUCCAUCUGUUUCUGAGAGUACAGAAUCCGCAGUACAGAAGUAUUCAUGUAAGCUGAAUGAGAAAGAAAAUCAGAAGAGAGUCAUGAAUAUGGAAGAAAAUUCAUCUGACAGUACUUUAACUGCAGCAACAAUUUUAUCGCAUAAAACUGACGAUAGUGACGUAGAUAAUGUAAAGUGGCGAACAGAUUACGUUAUUACGCCACAAAAUUUUGAUAUAUCUGUCGAAGAUGAAAAAAAUUUGCAACUACCACCAGUUUUACGUACACCUCCGAAUCGCGGGAUAUCAAGUCAACGAAUUGUGCAACGUAGUACAUCAAUGUAUACUUCAGGAAGUGAAGAAAUAAACAAUAAAACUAUGCAAUCUACGAGUACUUCAGAGCAAGGAAAUCAAUUAGGGAUUCUGAAUCGACAUUUAUCAAUGUCUGCAGUGAAAAUGUCAAAUGACAAUGCAUACACAUCAAUGAUACCCCCAAAACCUGCACCACGUCGAAUUGAUUUCUUGGAGCAAACAAGAAAAAACUUUAAUUUAUCUCAAGAAGAUGUUAAAAAUUUUAAGAGGAAUGCUAAACGACCCGUGCCAUUACCUCGGCAAAGUAAACUUAAGACAUCAUUUAAUGAUAACUUGUUAUUGAAAACAUCUUCUACACUUGGAGCCAAAAUUCAGCAAGGCAGUAUAAAUGGUUCUGAAUCAAUGGUAGCACUUUAA